AUGGCUGCGCAGGUCGCUGCGGUGCGCGCCGUGUCGCGGGCCCCGGAGGAGCCGCCCCCGCUCCCCUCGGGGGACCGGCCUGGCCGGCCUCGUGGCGGCGGGCGGCGGCGGCGGGGCGCCGCGGGCGAGGCGGCGGGCGGCAAGCGGGCCCGACUGAGCCAGCAGCUGCUGGCAGGGCCCGGCCCGGCGGAGCCGCUGCCCCCGGCCGGCCUGCCCGUCGCCGCCGCCGCCGCCGCCGGGCUCUUCACCUUCUCGCCGCUCAGCCUGGCGCCCGCCGCCGCGCUCGAGGAGCGCCGCCACCACCACCACCGGCACCGCCCCGCCGCUGGCCCCGAGCCCCGCCGCCCAGCCGCCGGGCCGCCGCAGAAGGCGCGGCGGGGCAGCCCCGCCGCCGGGCCAGCCGGGCGGCCCAGCCAGCGAGAAACUCCAGAUGAAAAUGGCAAAACCCAGAGAGCUGACACUCUUAUUAUGAAGAAGAUGAAGAAAAAAAAGAAAAAGAAACACCGGGAAGAUAUGAGGGGAAAACGCCUGAAGAUGUAUAACAAAGAAGUGCAGACAGUUUGUGCUGGACUCACUCGCAUUGACAAAGAGACUCUGACUCAAGGACAGUGUGAUACCUUGGAAGUGAACAAGGAAUCCUUCAGGUAUCUGAAGGAUGAGCAGCUCUGCAGACUGAAUUUGGGUAUGCAGGAAUAUCGAGUACCCCAGGGAGUACAAACGCCAUUUGUGACUCAUCAGGAGCAUUCUGUUCGCAGCAGCUUCUUAAAAACGGGCACUAAAUUUAGUAACUUCAUUCAUGAAGAACAUCAGUCUAACGGUGGCGCUCUGGUCCUUCAUGCUUACAUGGAUGAACUCUCAUUUUUGUCUCCAGUGGAGAUGGAGAGAUUUGCAGAAGAGUUUCUUGCUUUGUCAUUCAGUGAAAAUGAUAAAAAUGCAGCUUACUAUGCUCUAGCUAUAGUACAUGGGGCAGCUGCUUAUUUACCAGACUUCCUGGAUUACUUUGCUUUUAACUUUCCUAACACUCCAGUGAAAAUGGAAAUUUUGGGCAAGAAGGACAUUGAAACAACAACAAUUUCAAACUUUCACUCUCAGGUCAAUCGAACAUACUGCUGUGGAACCUACAGAGCAGGACCAAUGCGGCAGAUCAGUCUUGUUGGAGCAGUAGAUGAAGAAGUCGGAGACUACUUCCCAGAAUUUCUAGAUAUGUUAGAAGAAUCUCCAUUUUUGAGAAUGACUUUGCCGUGGGGUACUCUUUCUAGUUUGAGACUGCAGUGCAGGUCACAAAGUGAUGAUGGUCCCAUAAUGUGGGUGAGACCAGGAGAACAGAUGAUUCCAACAGCUGAUAUGCCAAAAUCACCAUUCAAACGGCGCCGCUCAAUGAAUGAAAUAAAGAAUCUCCAGUACCUACCUCGGACCAGUGAGCCCCGUGAGGUUCUUUUUGAAGACAGAACAAGAGCUCAUGCUGAUCACGUGGGUCAAGGAUUUGAUUGGCAGAGUACAGCUGCUGUAGGUGUUCUGAAGGCUGUACAGUUUGGGGAAUGGAGUGACCAGCCUCGCAUAACCAAAGAUGUGGUUUGUUUUCAUGCUGAAGAUUUCACUGAUGUUGUGCAGAGACUUCAGUUGGACCUGCAUGAACCUCCAGUGUCACAGUGUGUUCAGUGGGUGGAUGAAGCCAAACUAAACCAAAUGAGACGGGAAGGCAUUCGUUAUGCUAGAAUUCAGUUGUGUGACAAUGACAUCUACUUCAUCCCUAGAAAUGUCAUUCAUCAGUUUAAAACAGUGUCAGCAGUCUGCAGCUUAGCAUGGCACAUAAGACUUAAACAAUAUCACCCUGUGGGGGAGACUUCUCAAAACACAGAAAGCAAUUCAAGCUUGAACAAUAGCGUUCCUGGAAAGACAGAGCUGGAAGAUGAACCCCAAUGUGUGAGUAUAAAAAUAGAGUCUGAAGAACCAGGUAUAGAAAUGCAGCUUGCAACAGGGGUGCUCUCUUCCUCCUCCUCUUCCUCUGUUUCUUCAAUAUCAGGACUUGUGCAACCAGAUCAGAUGGCCCAGCCCCUUCCAGAUUUUAAAGCAGAGUCUGAUCCGCAACACAAUCCACAGGAUCAUACAGGCUCUUCUGUGUGAUAUGUACAUAAACAAACAUUUUUUAACAACUUUUUAAAAUUUUGAUGUGAAGUUAUAGUUUUAUAACUGGCUUAUGUUUUAUUGGAGAAAUCUUACCUAUAAUUCUAUAAAGAAAGGUGACAUUCCAAAAUGUCAAGCAUAUCUUUUUUACACAGAUUAUGCAAAAUUCAAGUUGUAUUUUAACCCCUUAGUACAACCUGUAACAGUGGUCUACCACUUCUUUCUGUUUAAGUAAAGAGAUAUUCAGUAUCUCCCCAAAGUCAGAAUGAAAUUCCUCCAGGAACAUAAAAUGAUUGAACUACAUUGGUCAGUGUUAUUUCCCUACUUUUACUUUAUUUCUAAUCUUCACCAUAAAGUGAUGUUUUUUAGACAACUUGCAAAGUGACUUUCCCAUCUCAUUUUAAUUGCUAAGAAAAAGAGGAAGCACAGCACUUUUGAUGAUUUGUAAUAUCUUUGGUAUGUCUGUUCUUGACAUUCUAGUUUAUAUACAAGUUAUUAGCUAUAGAAGUUGAUCUCUAUUUCUUACAGUCCUACAAAGGUAAUCUGUAAAAUUCACUGAAGAAAGUGUCUGAUCCUGUUGAAAUGUAAUGACUUGCUGACCUAACAUUUUUCAUAGCACUGCUUAUACUGUUUGGUGUGAGGAUUUUGCUUCCAAAAUGCAUCUUCCCAGAACAUGAUUAAUUCUAGUGGCAAAAUUAGAGAUGCUAUUGGUAGUUCUGUGGAGGAAAAUGCUAUCUUUGAGCACUUUAAGGCUUUAAAAUACUAAGCAACUUGGCAGCUUGUUUUGACCAGGUCAUAAUAAAUGUCCAAUGGAACCACACUUUCCCUGGUACUGAUGCACUUAAUAAAUAGCAUUGAGUUGAUGACUGACUUAUACAAUAAGUGUGUCCUUAUUUUAGGAAGUUCUGUGUUACUAUUUCACAAUAAAGUAUUAUGGCAUUGGACUGCUGUUUCCAUGUGUAGCUUUUGGGUGCCCAGGUACUGUGGAAAAUCAAUGGCACAUGCUAAAUAUGUAGUGUCAGCUAUGAACAAUUUAAAAAAAAUCUUUCAAUAUUUCUGAAUGUUAAUGUGUAAUCUGUAUUUGACUUUCACUCACCCCAUUUAUAAUUGUCCUUUCUAGUCAUCAAAAGGAAAAAUCCUGUCCUGUCCCUUCCCUCCUAACACCCUCUGCACAUUUAGAAUACAAGCUGGGUUUUGGUGCAACUGAAGUUGUCUCCAGAUAACUUUAUUUGUUCUAAUCCUCACUGGGGUAGGAAAGAUUUGAAACACUAUGUUAGACUAGACAAAAGCAAAGAUGCUGUGUUAGUUCUGAAUGCAUCUUUUUAAUAUCAAUUAUUAUUCUCUUUAUAAGGGUCUCUAAAAUAUGUUACUCUAUUAUAAAUCUUACUUUGUGCAAUAUUGUUUGUGUAGGCUUUUAUAUACAUAUUAGCACCUCUGUGUAGAGGUCACUAUUUUAAACUGAUAGAAAAAUAAUCAUCAGAAGAUACUGCAGUGAUUAGUUAGAACCUGUAUUACUCCUUACGUGUAUGUAUGUAUUGUCUUCGGUACAAAAAUGAGGACUAGGAAAUAUUUCAAUUUAAAACUAAUUUACAGAUUGAAGUGGUAGUGACUUGUUUAGUAAUCUGUGUAAAUAAGGUGUUAGAAUGGAAAGCUUUUAUGAUGAAAAGUAAUGUGAUUCAUGCAGGGGUAUAAUUUAAUCUUAGCAGAAAUUCUAGAUGAUCAAGAUUGGUUCAGAAAUGAGCCGUCUGUUCUCUGGUGGUUUUUUUCCACUUCUUAUGUUCAGAGGAAUUUCAUAGCUUUAAGGGUUGUGCAAAGUAAAAUUCCUCACAGGCAAUAGUGGUUUCAGUUCAUCCUUCAUAUUCAAAGAUCAUAUUACACAAGUAUGUUAUUUCCUUUUUACAAAGUCUGCUAGUCUUCCAAGUGCCCAUUUCCCUUCUCACAUGUGCUAUUCUUUGGUCAUGUCAGUAGAGGGACAUCAGUAAGGUGGCCAUUCUUUGACAGCCAGCACUGUGUAUAAUCACUCAGGAAUUGACAAAUCUGUAGCUCCUACAGUCAUUCUGCCCACGUAUCUUUAAAGGCAGAAUAAGAUUAAGAGCCAUUAUACACCAGCUUGUCUGUAUUAUUUUAGAACUUGAAAUAGAAUGAAAAGGGAAUCAAUUUGGAAGUCUUCUGUACAUUAUAUUAUAAUAGCAUGUUUUUAAAUGGAUAAAGGAUGACAACUAGAGUGGUUCAUGCUGCUUUUAAAACUGUAGCUUCCUUUAGUGAAAUCUGUGACUGCAGUCUGUCUGAAGUACUAGGAAAAUGCUCUGACUUUUCUUUGGAUGGAGGCAGAUGACCCAUUGUAUCAUGUUCUCCUUACAGUCAGUUCAGUUACUAACGUAAUAUCUAAUGUCAAAUUUAAAUGUAGAAACAUUGCAUCUUCAAAUGACUUGGGAGGAUGAUGCUGAUAUUAUUCUAGAAUAUUUCUGUAAGAUUGAGGCAGAGAGGAACAGACUUUAUAAAAAAUACUACGACCUUAAAUACAUUAUCAACUUUGGUAUGCUUAAUCCGAAGUGACAUACUACUUUCAAACUUCACCUCAGAUCUGCAUAUAAAGCAUGGGAGGGAUUGCUUGUGAAGCUCAUAGCCAAACUGUCUAGCCAGUGUUUCAUGAUUCCUUCACCUGCACUGAAAUCAGCAGAGCAGAAUUAGAACACCUUGAUGCGAAAGAUUAAAAUGUUUUUGUGAACAAUGUGUGGAAUACUGAUUUUAUAAGCUAUAGCUAUUUUAAAAUGAAAUAACAAAUUCAAGCCAUUUAGUGUUUGCUGAGCAAAAACAAAUCUCUGGCUAAGUCCAAGUAAAUAUUUCUGAAAAUAUAUCUCAUGUUAAAUAGAUGGCUGUUUGAUGAAUUUCUCAGAUUUCAUAAAACAGCUUACAUGUGGGGAUAAUCAAACUUUGGGAAACUUCUUAGGUUGUUUUAACAGUGCUCAGUUUUAACCUUCUGGAUAGAGGCAAAAAGUAUCAGUGCACUGGUCGGUUACUGUAAAUUGUCAUUUCUCUGUUUGAGGAUCUGCCCUGUGAUGUUUUUUUUUUUUUU